AUGAAGACCACAUGUGUGAUGCUUCUAAAUCAGAAAAUUCUAAAGGCUGCACUGAAAGGAAAUGAGAGAGAAUCCCUGCCAAAAGAGGGUCUGUCGAAGGAUGCUUCUACUCUCCAAGUACCAGUGAAGUCAGAUCUCUGCCAGAAGGAGAUCAUAGGUGGUCUGCCAAAGGAUGCUUUUAAUCGCGAUGUACUGGAAUACGUCCCCCUUAUUGGGCCUUACCAUCAAGCCACUCUCAAAGGUCUCUAUAAUUCAGAGUUAUGGUUAUAUUCGGCUCUUCAAAAGGAACAAUAUAGUGAAAUUCAAGUGUCAACGGUAGAACGCUACGAGAAGGAUCAAUACCCCGCAUACUUCAUAAAACUGUUGUCAUUUUCUCUUCAUAUAUCCCCCGAAAUACGCCGAAAUCGCAUUUCCCGGACUGCCAAUCUCUUCCCCGCUGUGUUCCGUAUAGCCAACGGCAACCUGAAUGAAGCAGAUGACAUCACCGUCCGCAACCCUCAUCCGUUCAGUUCGGAUGCGGCCUGGCUGUCUCGCGUGAUGUCAUCAUGUGGCGAGUAG